AUGCCACAUACGGACCAAUGUCGCCUUUUGCUCUCUGGCAUGGGUCGUAUUCAUGUAAAAAACGUUCGUCCUUCAAAUAUCGAGGCAAACACGCGUAAUGAUAUUCCUCCCCCUCCGGUGGCUCGCGUCGAGGUUCUAAAUGAGAAGUCUACUGCAUCUUUGCUCGCUAGUCCUGCUCAUGAGCGUCUGACUGCCACGGCCGUCCGUCUCAUUGAUGCCAUGCAAAAGGACAUGUCUUCUGCAGCCGGGGCAUCUGCCUUGGCUCGAGUUCCACUUUUACCUCCCAGUCUGGCUUCGAAGUUAAUGCAGCUUCUUGAAACCAAGGAGGAGGCUCAUAUUGCGUCACUCCCUGACCUUCUAAUGGGUAUGCUUGGGGGUGCAUGCAUCUGGAAUGAUCGCUUAGAGCACUUAUCUUUAGUGCAUGCUGAUGCCCGACUAGAACGAACUGCUGAUAUGUUCGAGCAUGCGAUUGGUCGAGUCAAGGUCUUACGCGAGCUUCUCACGAGUGUGCCAGGUUCAUUCCAAGAUACUCACAGAGUCGAGCUUCUUCGAACGCAGCUCCAAACCAUCGUUGCUCAACUCUCAGGCGCGUCAUAUUCUGGUGUUUCACUUCGAGUGAUGGAUGGUGAGCGUACUCAACCCCUUGUCAAAUCGCGUUACCCAGGCUUGCACCGCACGAUUAAGAAGGACACAGGCAAAUUUGAUGAGCCUGAGAGUGACCCUAUGUCUGCCGACGUAGAUGACAACACCGCUGGGGAUGAAGUGAAAGAACUAAGCGAUCGAUUAAAGCAAGCAUCAAUGUCACCUGAGGCGCGUCGAGUAUGUGAACGUGAGCUUCGACGUCUAAAGAAAAUGCCACCACAGAGUAUGGAACGUGGUGUUCUUAUCAACUACCUUGACACAAUGCUAGAUCUUCCAUGGGACCGCAGAAGUACGCAGAUCCCUCAAGCGGAACUAGACGCGCUUGUCCCAUCAACCCAGGCCGUUAUUGAUCCAAACUUGAGCCUGGUGAAGCGGGCUGAAAGGGUUUUGGAAGCUGACCAUUAUGGGCUCGAGAAGGUAAAGAAGCGUAUUCUCGAGUAUCUGGCUGUUUUCCAACUGAAAAGCGAGCAGGCGGAAGAGCAGGCGAAGGCACAGAAGGCCUUGGAAACUGAAGGCCCCGCACCGUUAGAAACUCGAAAGUCUCUGGUAUCGAGCGUGGCAUAUAAGGGUCCUAUCUUGCUCCUUGUCGGACCUCCAGGAACAGGCAAGACUUCUAUCGCAAGGUCGCUUGCAGCCGCAUUGCAGCGCCCCUUUGUGCGUCUCUCCCUGGGUGGCGUUCGGGAUGAAGCCGAAAUUCGUGGUCAUCGACGUACGUAUGUGGGGGCCUUGCCAGGCUCUAUUGUGUCGUCACUGCGAAAGGGCCGUUCAUCCGACUGUGUUAUGCUUCUUGAUGAGCUGGACAAGCUCAGCAGUGGUAUGGGUAUGCAUGGAGAUCCUACUGCUGCUAUGCUUGAAGUGCUUGAUCCCGAACAGAAUCAUGCCUUUAAGGACCACUAUUUGAAUGUGCCCAUUGAUUUGAGUCGAGUUGUGUUUAUUGCAACUGCUAACUCUUUAGACACGAUCCCUGAACCUUUGCUGGAUCGUGUCGAUGUUGUACAAAUUGCUGGCUACACCUAUGACGAAAAAGUUGCUAUUGCUCAAAAGCACCUAUUGCCAAAACAAAUCCACGCACAAGGACUUGAAGAAAAGCAAGUCGUGUUCGGCGAUGAUGUUUUGCUGAAAAUUGCCAUGUCUUACACCCGUGAGGCUGGUGUACGAACUAUGGAACGUCGCGUUGGUGAUAUUGUGCGUGCGAAAGCUGUGGAAUACGCGACACAGCGACACACAACCCCUGCAACAUACGAUCCUCAUGUGUUGGUCGAGGACGUGGAACGUUUCUUGGGGCCACCCACCUAUGAGCCAGAGAUUACGGAUAACAUUGCUGUGCCAGGUGUUGCUACAGGAAUGGCCUAUCAAGGCUCUGGCUCUGGUGGUAUCUUGCACAUUGAGUGCGCCUUUUUACCAGCAGGCACAGCUGCGUUGAAAUUAACUGGUUCCUUGGGUGAUGUAAUUCGUGAGUCAGCUGAACUGGCAUUUGCAUGGGUCAAGUCUCAUGCGUUUGCUCUAGGCAUCACUGCUGAUCGUGAUGCUUCGUUCCCUCAAAAUGACGUGCACCUGCACAUGCCUAGUGGAGCUACUCCCAAAGAUGGCCCAAGUGCAGGCGUGGCAUUUGUAUGUGCGCUCGUGUCAAUGUAUCUGCGUGUGCCGUUGGAGACACGCCUAGCCAUGACAGGCGAAAUUACACUACGCGGGUAUGUGACACCGGUGGGGGGUAUUAAAGAAAAAGUCAUUGGUGCUCAUCGUGCUGGCGUUCGCAAGGUCAUCCUACCUCAGCGCAAUCAGCGGGAUUUUGACACUGAAAUUCCAGCCCCAGUCCAGGCUGAGAUGAACGUGGUAUAUGUGCGCACGAUUCAAGACGCUUUACAUGCAGUAUUUGGUGCCAGUCUCGAGGCGCAAAUUAGCACCCUCUACGGGGGCAUUGAAGGUCGACGGCGUUUGCAAGAGCUCGAAUGGCAAAGUCGCCUGUAG